AUGACAGAGUCAGGAUCAGUGGCACUCUUCUCGCCCGGUCAACAUGGCCAUUUGAUACCCUAUCUUGCUGCCAUUCACGCCUCUUGUAUCACCCAUGAUCGUACUAUUGCGGGCUUCUUACCGCCCCUAUCUCACGAGAAACUCCUCGCCUGGUGGAAAGAACGCAUCGCCGAGGUCGCAGAUGGCAAACGCCUCAUAUUCAUCCUCCUCAACGAAUGCGAACCCCAGGAACGCCCGAAAGGUCCAAACGUCGUAGGCGUAGUCAUGCUUGCCAUGCCUUCGUCGGAGACAGGUCCUUUCCGUGGCGCCGUGGAGAAGCUUCUUGUUCACAAGGACUUUCGCGGCCGAGGAGGCGCCAGAACUCUGAUUUCCGCUCUUGAAAAUGAAGCGACCAAAAGAGGUCGAACUAUUCUACUUCUCGACACCGAAACCGGGAGCGCUGCAGAAGAGGUGUAUAAGAAGCUUGGGUACGUUGAGCUCGGCCAGAUUCCAAAAUACGGCUUGAGUCCAAAUGGUGAACUAAAGGGUGGAACUUUCUUCUGGAAACAUUUGUCAUCACACCCCUAA